UCCAAACGCCUUGGAGGGACGGGAUCUUGCCUGCGAGGCUGUAAGAGAUGCGACUCCGGCACCCCGUGCGGCAUUUUGAACUACGAAAUCAUCCCCCGGGAGACGAGGGCCAUCGUCGUGCGUCAGGGGCCGCCGCCGCGCUUUCCCGUCCUCCGGCAUCGGUCGCCACCGCGCCUUCCCGCCCUCCGGCAUGGGGAGUCCGUUGGAUCAUUUUUGCUCGGUCCAGUUUGACACAGAUUGGGCUUUAGAUUAGAAAACACAGCCCACUGGCUUCCAGAGUCCCAGGGGCGAUGUCAGCCCACGCCGACGCCGGCGGCGGCCGUGGCGGGACCCUGGCCAAGGUCUCCCUCUCGUCGGUCUCGGCCGCCAUGGCGGAGGCCUCCACCUACCCCUUAGACGCAGUCAAGACGCGCCUCCAGCUCCACCGCAGCCCCGGCGGCGCGGGCGGGCGCAGCGCAGUCCGGGUCGCGGCCGAGCUCGUCCGCGAUGGCGGGGUUUACCGGGGCUUCUCCCCCGCCGUCCUCCGCCACCUGAUGUACACCCCACUUCGCAUCGUCGGGUACGAGCAUCUUCGGUCCACCCUCGCUAGCGAGGGGCGGGAGGUUGGCCUUUUUGAGAAGGCGCUCGCUGGGGGGCUCUCCGGCGUUGCGGCGCAGGUGGUGGCAAGCCCUGCUGAUCUCAUGAAGGUAAGGAUGCAAGCAGACAGCAGGAUGUUGAGCCAAGGCAUUCAGCCACGGUACACUGGAAUCCCAGAUGCUUUCACUAAAAUCGUACGAGCGGAGGGCUUUCGGGGACUUUGGAAGGGGGUUGUUCCAAAUGCACAGAGGGCAUUUCUUGUCAACAUGGGUGAAUUGACGUGCUACGAUCAGGCAAAGCGUCUCAUCAUUGGCAAGCAGAUUUGCGAUGACAAUCUUUAUGCUCACACAUUGGCCUCCGUCGCAUCGGGGCUGUCUGCGACAACCUUGAGCUGCCCAGCGGAUGUAAUCAAAACAAGGAUGAUGAACCAAGGUAAGGAGGGUAAAGCUAUAUACAGGAGUUCUUACGAUUGUUUGGUCAAGACUGUCAGACAUGAGGGCGCAAUGGCACUAUGGAAGGGUUUCUUGCCUACAUGGGCAAGGCUUGGCCCAUGGCAGUUUGUGUUCUGGGUUUCCUAUGAGAAACUGCGCCAAGCAUCAGGUAUUUCAUCAUUUUGAUAAUGGAGGCUCUGUUUCAUUCGAGAGGUUUCUAGAAUACAGAAAUUUUCGUUGCUGUAACUUCAUUGUGGCUUCAUAUAAUCAUAUGGGAUAGAGCCCUUUUUAUUUUAAUUUACUGGACUCUGGGUUUUUAUCCUUUGUUGUUUCCAAGGGAAAACACAGAUGAAGCUGGUAUGUCUCACAUUGUAAUUUGACUAUGUACAAGGCUAUUAGACUCUACAGAAAACUGAACACCCUCAUCCAUGCCCCCUUUUAACAAAA